UAGCACACGACAAACAAACCUUGGAACUUGAAACGCUCAACCCUCACAACCAGCCGAACGAUUCUUUAUCUGCACCCUACAUGCUCCCGACCACUUAUUUUUCACAUCAGCGAACUUGCCUAGCUUCAACUUCCCUUAUUGCCUAGAUCUCUGCGGCCUUGCACAAGCGUUUCGCAAACUUGCGGCGAGCUGGGUGAAGAAAAGUGUGCAUUGCAGUACCCCGCCAGGUUUCCGCUGCAAAACAUUCGAUGACUCCCGAGCAACAAGCCCUGCCUAACGUAAAACACUUCGCCGCUACGUACAUGACUUGCUGAGGCAUACGACACGACACAUAUAGACCAAUGUCAUCUACUCGGUAGCACACAAGAGAUCUUCCUGGACAUAUAGUGACAGGAGGAGCCUCGCCGCCUAACAAUCAUGGAGAGCCAGAUCGAUGAUGCAAUCACGAUUGCAUUCGACCCUCGCUCAAAUCAUGAACUGCAACUCCAGGCCAUAGCAUACAUCAACGAAAUCCGCACCAACCCUUCUCCUGCAUGGCAAGCAUGCCUAACUCUAUUCGCACGUACACCUCCACCCGAAGACGUCGUUCGCCAUGUCUCCUUGGAAGUUGUCAAUAAUGCCAUCGAAAAGCAGAUACUCAACAAAGACAACCUAAAUAUGAUCAAGAGCACGCUGAUGGAAUAUCUGAGGCGAAAACUCGUACCCCAGACCGGACCAGCGACCCCAGAUCCGCCUCCAAUGCAGAACAAGAUCACACAGACUUUCACAUACCUGUUCUUGUCUCUAUACGCCUCCGACUGGGAAUCGUUCUUUGAUGAUUUUCGAGAUUUGGCCGGGGACCAGUCCACAGCUGCAACAGUCAACCAGCCCGGAGUCAUACUUUACUUGAGAGUGCUAGGGUCAGUCCAUGACGAAAUCGCGGAUCCGCUUGUCGCAAGGACGGCUGACGAGCUAAAACGAAACACUGAGCUCAAAGACCUCAUUCGACAGCGCGACAUGCAGAAAAUUGCACAGUCAUGGCAGAGCAUUCUUGGGAGAUGGACCGAAGCAGAUCUAUCCGCUGUAGAAAUAUGUCUGAAAGUUGUCAGCCGUUGGGUCAGCUGGAUUGACAUCAAUAUGGUCGUCAAUCAAUCCAUGCUAGCAAGCUUAUUCUCAAUCGCCGGUCAGCAGACUCAUGACGAAGCGCAAAACAGAUUACGAAAUGCCGCCAUCGACACCUUUGCGGAAGUCGUCGGGAAGAAGAUGAAACCCGCGGACAAGUUGGAACUUAUCGCCUUCUUGAAUCUCAGUGAAGUCGUUGGCCAACUGAUAGCUAGCCCAGCACUUUCAGAAUUGAAAAAUACCCCACAAUACGACACCGACCUUGCCGAGACGGUUGCGAAACUUGUAAACACAACUAUGACAGACCUCGUCAAAAUCCUGGAUACCGACUCCAUUGAUGCAGAGACACGGCAGCGUACCGAUCAACUUACAGGAUCAUUCGUGUCGUACUUACUACGGUUCUUUUCCGAUGAAUAUGAUGAAAUCUGUUCCAACGUUAUUCCUUCGCUCACUGAAAUCUUGACCUACUUCCGUAAACUGACCAAGAUGCAAGGCAGGUUACCGGCGCACUAUUCACCAAUGGUACAGCCUGCUUUGGAUGCGAUCGUGAUGAAGAUGAAGUACGACGAAACUGCAUCGUGGGGCGAGGAAGAUGAACAGACUGACGAGGCUGAAUUUCAGGAAUUAAGAAAGCGACUGUUUGUUCUUCAACAGACCGUUGCUGCUGUAGACGAGGAUCUUUAUGUCAGCACACUGUCUCAGGUUGUCGGGAACACAUUUGCAAGACUCCAAUCGAAUGAUGGUAGCUUGUCAUGGCGAGAUCUCGACUUGGCCCUGCAUGAGAUGUAUUUGUUCGGUGAGCUGGCGGUCAAGAAUGUUGGUAUAUAUGCGAAAAAGGAACCAUCUUCAGCAGCCGCAAGUAGACUGAUCGACAUGAUGCUGAACAUGGUACAGUCGGAAAUCGCCUCUUACCCUCAUCCGGCUAUUCAGUUACAGUAUAUGGAGAUCUGUGUCCGAUAUUUUCAAUUUUUCGAACACAAUACGCAGUACAUCCCCAAGGCACUCGAAAACUUUGUCCGCCUCCUACAUAGCAAUCACGUCCGUGUGAAAGGUCGAUCUUGGUAUCUCUUCGUUCGAUUUGUACGGCCACUUCGCCUCCACGUGGCACCAUACGCGCAAAUGAUUGUCCAGGCUAUUGGCGAUCUUCUCACUAUUCGUGCCGAGUUACCAGAAGAGUCCAGCGAGGAUAUGUCGUCCGAUGAAGAAGACCAAUCUGCAGACGCUCUUUUCAACAGUCAGCUUUACCUUUUCGAAGCAAUAGGAUGUAUAGCAUCCAGUAACAAUGUCUCGUUGGAUGACAAAGUCUUGUUUGCGGAAUCAGUUAUUAAUCCGCUUCUGUCCGACAUGGCGCAGAGCCUCACAGCAGCCAAAAAUGCUGAAGAACGGGCGGUCCUGCAGGUGCAUCACAAUACCAUGGCACUGGGGACUCUAGCUCGCGGCUUCGCGGACUGGACAGGUACGAAUGGACCACCACCAGACAGCGGCGUGACGACUCAGUUCGCACGGGCUUCUGAGGCUAUUCUUGUAGCACUGGAGUCUCUCAAUGCAUCAGAGAAUAUCCGAGCCGCCUCUCGAUUCUGCUUCUCUCGUCUGAUUGGUGUACUCGGUCGACGUCUCCUAGAGCAAUUACCCAGAUGGAUCAACGGCCUUCUAUCGCAGAAUUCGACGCGGGACGAGAUGGCUCUGUUCCUACGUGUGCUAGAUCAGAUCGUCUUCGCAUUUAAAGGCGAGAUAUCGGUUAUACUCGAUAAUCUCCUGACUCCCUUACUACAACGCGUAUUUGCGGCUCUCUCCGAACCAGCAACUGGCACAGAUGAUCAGAUCCAAUUAGGUGAACUUCGUCACGAGUAUCUGAGCUUCAUCUUAGUCAUUUUGAAUCACGGACUAGAAGCCGUCUUGGUCAGUGCUGCAAACCAACCGACAUUCGAGUCAAUCAUAUCAACGUCUGAGGUCUUCGCCCGAGACAGCAAUGAUUACUCUAACGCUCGACACUCGAUCCACGUUCUAGUUAAAAUGCUUUCUGUUUGGGGAGGUCCUGACGUCCCCAACCAAGCCACGCAGUCAGCACCAACUCUCGCCGGAUUUGACACGUUCGCAUUGACACGAUUUUCUCCAUUAUGUUGGUCUGUUCCAUCUGCGCCUGGAUUUAGCAUAAAGGAUGCACAGGCUCGGCAGGUUCUCUACGAAAUCGCUAGCUUACAGAGCGAGCUACUGAGGAAGUGCGGCGCAACGUAUCUAGAAAGACUAAAGGAAGAACUUCGCGGUUUCGGGGUCAGUGAACAAGGUGUUCAAGAAUACCUCACCCAUCUCACGCAAGGUGGAGAGAAGAAUUUCAAACAUUUCUUCGUGAAGUUCUUACUCUCGAAUACCGGGGGCUAAAUGAGACUCAUGCAUUCGAACACGAAAUAAAGAGGAAGACACGGAACGGUAUAUUAGCAUAUCAGCAUUGCGACACGGCAUCGGCUACAAUGACAUGGGGAGACAGCGGGGAAAAGGUGAUUCUUUGCAUAGCGUGGGUGUGCAUAAUAUUGAACCAUGUGAUACCUCCUCCCUCAUCGUGGGUACACGCGAUAAGAAGGUUAUUCCCUCGAGUAAGAAUAGA